GAGCAUUCAGUUUUCCUUUGCUGCUAUUGGCGGGAGCCUAAAAGGUGGGCGGGGACUCAUCAGAGAAAACAGACGUCGCGCUCAUGAGAAGGCAGUCAAGCAACUGAGAUUUAAGCAGCUGAAGCAAAUCUUCACUAAAUAACAGAUCUUUGUUGACUAGGGAUAAAAAAAACCACAACAGCCUGACGUGAUUUGUCAGUGCGAAAGUGAGAUUUUUUUUUACAGUUAUUCACUGCAGUCACCUUUGCAGGAGAAAGUUAUGGAUGUUGUGUGUCUGAUGUGCUUGGCGCUGACCGCUGGUGCGUGGUUCGCCUCCGCGGAGAGACACAGCGUGUACUGGAACAGCUCCAACGCAAACUUCCUGUGGGACGACUACACAGUGGAGGUGCACCUCAACGACUACCUGGACAUCAUCUGUCCUCACUACACCCACGGAGAGGUGCCGUCCCAUCAGGCCGAGCGCUACGUCCUGUACAUGGUGGAGAAGGAAGACUACGACGUGUGCAAACCUCACUCCUUCGAUCAGCUCCGCUGGGAGUGCUCGCGGCCCUUCGCCCCCCACGUUCCAGAGAAGUUCUCCGAAAAGUUCCAGCGCUUUACACCCUUCACGCUGGGAAAGGAGUUUAGACGGGGAGAGAGCUACUACUACAUCUCUAAGCCAAUGCAUCACCACGGUGCAGACUGCCUGAAGCUCAGAGUGGAUGUAGUCGGACCCAAAGGCUCUGCAAAGACGUCCCAGGAGAAGUCCAAGCCAGGAAAGACAGACAAAAGCUUCGAUGAAGAAAAAUUUUCCCCUCUUGGAGGAGUUCACAACCCCUCCAACCGGCUCCCAGCAGAUGAUCCUGCUGCGAUGGAGCCAAAAGUUCAGAGGAGCAUCGGCAGCUCUGCAGCACAGCUCGUCUCCUUGUCGCUUUUCUUUACCAUGAUCCCAGUUUUAUUUGCCCCCAUUCUCCACUGAGGCUCACAGAGACUUUAAAAACAGACUUUUCCAACCCAAUGCUGGACAUUGGAAGCGAUCACUCCUUGUUUUUUUUUUUUGUUUUUUAUUGGAACUUUUUUAUACAAGUUUGGAAGGUGUGGUGUCAGUGUGUGUUUGACGUGUUUGUUGGAGUGAGUGUGGAGCGUGGAGCGCUCCAAAAGAAGAAAAAAAAAGGACCUCAGAGACGCUCGAGGAUGGGAAUUCUCACUUUUGACCUUUUGAAGAUGAACAUUUUUGUCAGGCAUUACGAAGAAAAGCUACAAGCAAAGCGAUCGGGAUUUAAGUUGGAAGACUUUUGUCACCAUGCCAUGUUUUCCUGUGUUUUUAUUGGUACAGCGGUGCUUUGUGUGUUAGCAAACCUUCAUUUUUCUCCCUCUACAUGUAGAGAAAUAUCAGUUUGUGUUAUGUUUUUGACAGUUGUCACAGUAGCAUUUGAUAAUGUAGGAUCCUGGUCAUGUUGUGUAGCACUCAGCUCCUGAUUAUAACUCCUCAACUUUAUAAUAAAGUUUUUUUUUUUUUUCAAUUUAGCCAAAUGGUAAAAAGAAAACAUUGGUAAUUUAAACUUAUGAGUUGAGAAAUUAAACUUUAAUAAGAGUAAUAAAGUGAUACAAAUACAUCUAUUGUAUAUUUGUUUGUUUCUCUGUAAAUUAAAGAACUGAAACGUUCUUCAAAUGUUUAUAUUGUGUAUCAGAAUGAAAACUUUCUGACAAUUUUGUUUCACUGGUUUGGAGACCCUUGUGAAUAAAUUUGCGACCAAUAGGAGUUUAAGGA